GAGAGAGAGAGAGAGAGAGAGAGAGAAAGAGAGAGAGAGAGGCACCCAGAGAGCGAGAGAGAGAGGUCAGGCCUGACAGGCAGCAGUCUAAGGGAAACUUCCUGUAGUUCUGUAGGAUCGUGUAAGGCAGAGUGUUUGAGCCGGCUUACCAGAAUAAAUGAUUACUGUAUGUUAUUAUAAGGCAUGACCUCCCUUUCAAAGAGCACAGAGAGCGGGGGGAAGCAGCGACAGCGUUCUGCAGGAGACGGUGUUGACGCGGCCCUGUAUUGGCCCCUCCAUGGGGUACGGCUCAGCCAUCUCUGAGAUAUGGAUGGCCAAUGGUGGGACCAUGCAUCUUGGCAGAACGAGGCCUUGUCUAUGCACCCGAUGACAUGGCAACCGUCCAAAGAUGGCGAGCGCCUGAUAGGGCGGAUUAUACUAAACAAGAGGAUGAAGGAUGGAACGGUGCCCCGAGACACAGGAGCUCUGCUGGGACUCAAGGUGGUUGGAGGAAAGAUGAUGGAUUCUGGUCGACUUUGUGCUUUCAUCACUAAAGUGAAGAGAGGAAGUCUAGCAGAUACUGUUGGUCACCUUCGACCAGGAGAUCAGGUUCUUGAAUGGAAUGGGAGGGCCCUACAAGGAGCAACAUUCAAGGAAGUUUAUAAUGUCAUUCUAGAAUCGAAGCCAGACCCCCAAGUGGAGCUGGUUGUGUCCCGUCCCAUACGAGAUUUUCCCAGUAUCUCAGAGAGCACACAUGGACAACUUGAAUCAAGUUCGAGUUUAUUUGAAUCCCAGAAGAUGGGUCGAGCCAUAUCCGUCACGUCCCCCAUGAGUCCCGGGAUGCUCCGCUACUCCCCACAGUGCCUGUCUGGACACGUCUCAGUCAAACUGUGGUACGACAAGGUGGGUCACCAGCUCAUAGUCACCAUCCUGGGAGCUAAAGAAUUUCCUUCUAGGGAAGACGGCCGGCCCAGGAACCCCUAUGUUAAAAUAUACCUCCUCCCCGACAGAAGUGACAAAAGCAAAAGGAGAACGAAAACGGUGAAGAAGUCCCUGGAGCCUAAAUGGAACCAGACGUUCAUGUACAUGCCUGUCCACUGGAGGGAGUUUAGAGAGCGCAUGCUGGAGAUCACUCUGUGGGACCAGGCCAGGGUCAGAGAGGAGGAGAGUGAAUUCAUGGGAGGGAUCCUCAUACACCUGGAGACAGCCUUGAUGGACGACACAGCCCACUGGUACAAGUUGCAAACCCACGAUGUAUCCUUCUUGGCAAUGUCCAACCCCUCACCCUACACGCAGAGGAAACUGCUGCCGGGAGAGAGCCCCACUAGAAGGUUACAGAUGUCCCAGAGAAUUAUUGACGGUGAGUUCUCUGAUUUUGACUGCGAGGACGGGAUCGGUGUCAUAGCAGACUACAGACACAACGGCAGGGACUUCCAGAGCUCCACGCUGUCUGUUCCAGAACAGGUCAUGUCAUCCAACUACACCUCCCACUCUGACAUGGCCAGGACCUGGUCACGGUCGCCAAGUCUUCCCCCUCCACAGAGUCGGAGUUUGGACCACGGCAUGCGAGGGGGACCGCUUUCUUUUAGCUCAGGUCGGAUGGACCGGCAUCGCUUGUCUGAAGACUGCUACUCACCAGACAGGAUGAACACUUACUUGGUCCAAACCAGCACAACCGGUUCCCCAGUGUCUCAUCAAAGAGGACGACAGCUACCCAACGUCCCACCCAAGGGCUCGCUGGAUCGAAAAGAUGGAGAGGAGAUGAAUAAUUCUUAUCAAGGAGGACCGAUGGCGUAUCAAACACCUCACCCUGUCCACUACCGAGUCCCCUCCCCUCUCCAACACCAGCCAUCAAUUCCUGUCCAUCAACAUCCUCCACAACCUCUCAUACGCCAACUAUCUGCCCCUGUACAGUACCAAAACCAGCCCCCUGUAUAUUACCAAGGCCCACCCCCUGCUCAGUAUCAAGGUCCUCCCCCUGUCCAGCCCCCAGCCCCUUCCCCAGCCCCUGUUGUAACCUCUCCUCCAGCCACAACCCCAGCCGUAGCUUAUCCUCCAGCCCCUGCCCCAGCCCCUGUUGUAACCUCUCCUCCAGCCACAACCCCAGCAGUAGCUUCUCCUCCAGCCCCUGCCCCAGCAGUAACCUCUCCUCCAGCCCCAGCACCUGCCCCAAUCGUAACCUCUCCUCCAGCCCCUUCCCCAGAGCCAGCCCCU